CGGCACAUCAGGCAGCACGGAGGACAGCCCGGUACCCGGCGCGCCGCGGACCUCGGAGGACCCCCGCGACGUCCGUAGCGUAGGGCCCGGUGGACGCGGCGGCGGUGGCUGGUGUUGCGACUGACUGCGCUGGUGGUCUCUGUAAAGCUUUUCGGCGGCCACACUCGCCGCACUGGCUGAUUGUUGUGCAGUCGGCGCCAUGUCUGUGAGCGAGAUCUUCGUGGAGCUGCAGGGCUUUUUGGCUGCCGAGCAGGACAUCCGAGAGGAAAUCCGAAAAGUUGUACAGAGUUUAGAACAAACAGCUCGAGAGAUCUUAACUCUACUGCAAGGGGUCCAUCAGGGUGCUGGUUUUCAGGACAUUCCAAAGAGGUGUUUGAAAGCUCGAGAACAUUUUGGUACAGUAAAAACACAUCUAACAUCUUUGAAGACCAAGUUCCCUGCUGAACAGUAUUACAGAUUUCACGAGCACUGGAGGUUUGUGUUGCAGCGUUUGGUCUUCUUGGCAGCAUUUGUUGUGUACUUGGAAUCAGAAACACUAGUGACUCGAGAAGCGGUUACAGAAAUUCUUGGCAUUGAGCCCGAUCGGGAGAAAGGAUUUCAUCUGGAUGUAGAAGAUUAUCUCUCAGGAGUUCUAAUUCUUGCCAGUGAAUUGUCGAGGCUGUCUGUCAACAGUGUGACUGCUGGAGACUACUCCCGGCCCCUCCACAUCUCCACCUUCAUCAAUGAGUUGGAUUCCGGCUUCCGCCUUCUCAACCUGAAAAACGACUCCCUGAGGAAGCGCUAUGACGGCUUGAAGUAUGAUGUGAAGAAAGUGGAGGAGGUGGUCUAUGAUCUCUCCAUCCGGGGCUUCAAUAAGGAGACGGCGGCGGCUUGUGCAGAGAAAUAGGAGGCUCUCCUCGUGCCUGGCCCUGCUGACCUCAGUGGUUGCCGGUGAGGGUGAGCCCGGUGCCUCUCAAGGUAGUUAGGAUUGCCCCGUUGCUAAACACCGCGCUUUAUUUUCUUAACCAGUGUGUGGUGUAAGUGUCAAAAUUGAAACACUUUUUUGGGGGUAAACAAGAUAGCCUUUACAAGGACAGAUUUUCUUUGUUGUUUCAGUGAAUUCGCUCUGUAAUUCUGUGUAUUUCAGUUCUGUCAAAAAGUGUAAAUGUCAGUUUCUUGGUAAAGUCCUUUUCUCGCUUACCCCGAUGCUGUUGAUGUACUGAUUGAGGAGUUUAUUGUCUUGUGUGUCUUCCAAAAGUGAUCCUUGGUGUUUUCUAUGUCCCAGUUAGCCAUCCAUACCCAGGUGUAGCCUGGAUACCGUAUAAAAUAGGUAAUUAAAAAGGAUGGUUGCCAAGCAAAGGACAACUUAUUUUAUAUUUCCCUUCCUUAUUUUAAGCCUCAUGAGUAAAUCAGAUAUUGAAAUUUUUUGCAAGGGAGCUACAGCCCCAGGGUCUCUCUCACUGCCAUCAAAAUAUAAAAGAUGAAAUUGCGAAGUCAAGUUCAAUAGAUUAUUUUGGGACGUUUUGUAUUGGGGAUUGAGUAACAUCUUAUCAUUUAGCUCUAUUUACCAGGUGGAGAGUAGGGCUUCGUGUUUUACAACACCUCUGUUUUCUGAUGUUGCCUUAACAUUCUGCUCUUGCAGCAACUUAAAAAUCGUUUUCACACACAUCUUGAACUAACACUUCAUAUAAUAUAUUUUUAAGCUAUGAAACCUUUUUCCUAGCAGCCAGCUAGACCGUCUGGUCUGAGACUAAAACCACCCAGUCAGGUUAAUUAGUAAUACCCUGACUGGUAUGUUUGGAGAGAAAAAGUGCUGUGCUUUGUCUGGAAAAAAGAGAAAACCUUGGUAUAAAAAAGAAGGUCCGCUGAUUUGGUACUGUUUUUGAGAGUAAGCAAUUUUAGGUUGUUGGCAGCUAUUCCAACAGUCAGGUUUUAGACUUACAGUUUUGGGCAAGUUACAUAAACCAUGUUGGCACCCACCUCCCCCUCCUUGUUUUCAGGUCGGCUAAGAAUACUUGCCAUGUAAUUUUUGGUGGUUGAGUUGAAAUGAUUUAAAAUGGUGACUUAACCCACAGUGUUUUGGAGCUCACUGAAAGGAAGGUGCUAGUGUUUCCAGAAUAAUAGGAAGUAUUUAGAAGUAUCAUCCUCAUGUCUGAUACCAGGCUUUCUGUUUGAGCAGGAGAAGGUUGGGCAUUGCUGUCAGAGCCGUGAUCAGGCCAAGUUAAGGACUGACCAAAUUUUCCAUCCUGAGGAAAGAAGUAGAAACAAAGCAUAAAUUGCUGUGCAUUUUUGGAUUUUAGAACAAGUUUCUUGACCGCUCUUUCUGCAGGAUAGUUUGUAGAAAGAAGAAAGGUGUUCUGGUGUUUGAAGUGCCUAGGGCGGUCAUCUAAAAUGUGCAGUGAUAGCACUGCCUGGGUUGAGCGUAAAAGGCUUCUAACUACAUGAUCAGACAUUUGAGGUUAGUUUGUAAUAGUUUUCUUCUCUGUGGAGAAUAAAUUCUAAAGGUGUUUUGAGGCUGAAGAAGACCAGGGGUGAUAAGCACAUACUGCUGUGUAACAGUUAAAAUUAUCAAGAGACACCAACCAUUCAGAGUUAAAUUAAAAGUAUUGUAAUUGAACGUAUUGAAAGCCUCGGCUCUGGUUUUAGUACACCAGAAUUGUUCUUUUCAAUUUUAGAGAAUUGAGGAGUUUAGAGAAAGUAGAGAUGAAUUAGUGGAUGUUUUCUUUAUAAAUUUAUUUAUAAGAAGAGAACCCAUAAAAACUUCAGAAGAUUUGCCCUGUCUUAAACUUGAAUUAUAAUAUUGGUAAUGCUUAAGAGAAUUUAAUAAAGAACAAAAGCUUCUUUGGCAGUGUUUCGAGUCCUUUACUUAAAGAAGUGGCUGAAGAGAUGAGGUGAUCUGCAGGAUGCCGCUGGCAUAGUUCAUAACAUGUGCUGCGAAAUCAUGGCUUUCUUGGUUCUUGGUCUGGACUCGGCUGUACCCCUCAGGUCAUUGUGUGCCUGACACCAAACCUGAAACAAUUUGUUUUUUUAGUAUUCACCGUACUGAACAUUAAACAAAUAAAAACGCCCCUUUCCUCCAAACAAAAGCAACAAACAUUUAAAAGGGGGGCGAAAUUGACUGAACUGGUGGUUUGAAUGAGCAGGGGGUGAGGGAGAGGAGAAAAGGGAGUGUAGCGUAAAUGUCAGGUUUCUGGUCUGGAAGACUAAGUCGAGUCAGAUGCUGUCAGCUCAAGUAGGGUGUGUGGGAGGACUCUUGGAUGUGUUGGGCUCAUGAUGCUUGUAGAGCACGAGGUGGAGGUGGCCCCAGGACGCUGGGUGUGAGGGGAGCCUAGCCAGCUUGGGAUAGCUUUAGGUAGUGAUAGUGUGUAUGUGGGAGAUGGGUCAGGAGAGCGGGUAAGAUCGCCCUGGAGAGCACGUAGAAUGAGAACAGUAACGAGGUGAGGACAAAACCCUGAUUCACAGCAGGGUCUAGUGAGUUAGGCAGAGGAAGAGACCAUGAGGAAAUGGAGAAGGGGUUAUAGAGACUGACGGAGAGCAAUGAGAGUAGCUUGUCACAGAAGCCAGAGGAAUAAAGAGGGGCUUAGAAGGCUUUUUAGGGGUAAGGGAUUUAAAACGCAUACUUUUGCAGUUUGAGAGCCUUGUGACUUCGUCAGGCGAGGCUAGGUUAUGCUUUGCUAGCAACCCCCAAAACUCCUGGGCAUAGUACAGAGGUAAUUUCUUAUACCGUAUCUCUUGUAGGUUAGCCGGGGGAUCUGUUCCACGUUGUCCUCAUGUAGCUGACAGAGGAGCCAGCCGCUGGACCGUUGCUAGUUGCUGUGGGAGAGGGAAUCAGUUGUGGAGGGUCGUACACAAACACAUGUUCUGGUGUCCAAGUGACCUGUCACUUCCUCUCAGAGUUCAUUGAUUAGAACUGGGUACUUUGCCCUGCUAAACACCAAGGGGGCUAGGAGUGAAAUCCCACCUUGAGGGAUGGGAGUCGGCAGAUGGAGGGUCAGACAAACUAAAUGUUGAAAGUUGUGGGCAAUGUGUAGUUCUUUCGGUUAAGUGAGUAGUAGUAUUUCUGGUCACAUAUAAAUUUCACUGGGCUUGGGAGGGAGAGUUGCUGUCCCAGGGCCUCUCUUAACCUGUUGGAUGACAAGAGGGUGGAGCCAUCUGUAGUUGUCCCCUCUGCUGUGGAACGUUGUUUCCUGUUUGAAAGAGAUUCCUCUGGCAUGUGCAUUUGCAUCGGUUCGUGUAUGAGUGUUUUAAGCCAACAUUCAGUGAGCUCUUGCAUGUUCUAAGGACUGGGCUAAACCUUUUAUCCAGACCAUCUGAUUGCAUCCCCGUGUAACUGUGAGGUAGCUGUCGCUGUUUUCCCAUUUUAGACCGGAUGCAGGCUUAGAGAGAGGGCAGUCCACUUGCCCUGAGUUCACAGUUAUGAAGCGGAGGAGCUGUGAUUCGAACACACUCCGCCUCUGCAUCCACAUACACCGUCUCUCCAGUGAUGCUUUUGGUGGCCUCGCUCUGUAGCCUGACUUGGCAGAACCCAAGUCCACCAGUAGUGACGAACACCGUGUAUGUGUAGCUUUGGGUCAGGGGCAGUUUGUGUUAAAAAUUAGCAUAAAAAACGAGUGGGAAACUAGGUCUGUGCCCUCAAGAUGUUUAGGGUCUAGUUGCAAGCGAGAAGGUGGUGAGAAAGAUACAAACAGGUAAGAGAUUAAAUAGUCACCUAGUAUUUGAGUGCCUACUAUAAUUUCUUGGAAUUUUUAACAGCUUCAUUGAAGUACAUUUUACAAAUAAAAUUGACUCAAAUCAAAUGAUUUAAUUUAUAAAGUAGUGCAACAAUCAUCAUCUAUCAAUUUUAGAAUAUUUUUUAUCAUCCAGAAAGAUCCCAGCCCCAGGCUACCACUAAUCUACUUUGUUUUCAUAAAUUUACCUUUUCAGGGUAUUUCAUAUAAUGAAAUGAUGUAAUAUGUGGUCUUCUAUGUCUCACCUUUAGCAUAAUGUUUUGAAGGUUUAUCCAUGCCAUAGCAUGUGUUGGUAGUUUGUUCCUUAUCCCUGAGUGGUAUUCCUUUGUAUGGGUAUUCCACUUAGAACCACUCAUCAGAUGAAGAAGGCUUGAGUUUCAUAAUGUUGCUUUGAGCGUCCUUGGGCAAGUCUGUGGUAUGAGUGGGUUUUUCUUUUGCAUAGAUACCUAGGAGUCUGGUAAAAGUGGUGAUUUUAUGUUUAGCUUUUGAAGAGACCGUCAACCUGUUUUCCCUUCAGCAAUCUGUGAGUUCCUUACUACGAGUUAAAAUUCACGUCAGUACUCGACAAGAUGUUAUGCACCGUCACUGCUAAAUAAUUUGUGAACAGUCGCUAUAGGAAUUUAGGUAUAGUCUGAACCGGUUCAUGAAAGAGGUAGGAUUUAGAUGUGUGGAACUAAGAGGAGAGCAUUUCUGGGGGGACAGAAUUGAAACCAGAGCAGAAAUGGUAGAGGUGUACCUUGGAAAUAUCGUGGAUUCAGUUCCAGACCACUGCAAUAAAGCGGGUAUUGCAAUAAAGCAAGUCAAACGGAUUUUUUCCCAGUGCCUAUAAAAAUUACGUUUAUGCUGUACUGUAGUCUAUUGUCUGCAAUAGUAUUAUGUCUACAAAGUACAUACCUUAAUUAAAAAAUACUUUAUUGCUAAAAAUGCUAUCAUCUGAGCUUUCAGUGAGUUCUGAUUAUUAUCACAGAUCACCAUAACAAAUAUGAAAACGUUUGAAAUACUGUGAGAAUUACCAAAACGUGACAGACAGGAAGUGAGCAAAUGCCACUGGGAAAAUGGGGCCGACAGAUUUGCUCGACAUGGGGUUGCCACAAACCUUCAGUCUAAGAAAUGCAGUAUCCGCACAGUGCAGUGAGACGAGGUACGCCUGUGUUAACUGAACAGGGACAGGAUGUCCCACACUUAAUUGCAGGAGACAGUCUGCUGAUGUUGGACUGUUAGGUUUAGAAAAGCCUGAAUUGAGAGGUUAAGGAGUUUGGACUUUGAAUGAUAGGCAUUGGGGGGCUGUAUGGGUUUUUCCUUUUUUUUUUUUUUUGAAGUGGGGAGGGAGCAACUUUGGAGUCGGACAGCCGCAGUUUAGAAUGCUGGCUGUCAUGUUAACCAAUAAAAAAGACCAAAGGCAGGGAGACCUGUGAGGAGGCGCUUGCUGUCUCUGAGGUUGUAAAGGUCAGCUUGGGUGGCUGGUGGUGGGCCUGACCGGAUGCAGGUACAGUACGUAGAGGAAGAAGGAGUCAACUUGGAGUCGGGGGUGGGGGCGGGGGAAUGCUGUGGACUGAACUGUGUGUGUCGCUUCACAUUCAUACAAUGAAGCCUAAUCCCCAGUUGGAUGAUGUUGGACGUGGGGCCUGUGGGAGGUGAUUGGGUCACGAGGGUGGAGUGCUCAUGAAUGGGAUCAGUGCCUGGAAAGGGACUCAGAGCUUCCUCAUGCCUCCACCACAGGAGGACAGAACCAGGAGACGUGGUCUGUGAGCCAGGAAGUGGGCCCUCAGCAGUCACCGAAUCAGCUGACCCCCUGAUGGACUUGGUCACGGAUCUGUUGUUUAAGCCAUCCAGUCGGUGGUGGUUUUGUUAUAGCCGCCUGAACGGACUAAGACAAGGGAAGAGCAAUUGAGGAGAAUCAGAGAUGGCUGAGCUGAAUACUGAAUUCCUACACACGUAGGAAAGCGGGAGCUAGUUUCUGGGGGAAGAUGAGGUCAGUUUGGCAGGUGUUGAGUUUACUGUGAUGGGCAGGUGUUUCACCAGCGGCUGUACUUUUUGGAGUAGAAUUUAGGGCCCUCAGUGGAGCUGAGGGAGUCCUUGAGAUUGGGUAGAGUGGAUCUGUGGCUUUGGUUGGGGAGGAGCUUCUGGAGGCAGGGAGAAGUCUGGACGAUAAUCAGGCCAGAGAGCCCCUGGAGGGGGUUGAAGACAAUGAGGGGAAGACGGGAGAGGAGUAAGCCGGAGGCUCUUGUCAUUCUCUCUAGGUCAGGUCUGUUCCAAGCAGGAGCCAGGACCUCUCCCAUUGCCAUAGAAAUCCUUUACUUACCAUAAAGACUUAAAGGCUUUUGACCGAAGGAAAAUAAAUCUAUAAAAAUAUGUAGAACCCCCAGAGAAGAAAGUUGGUCUUGUUAGUUACUUUGUGAUUUUUUUUUUCCUUAUUUACCCUGUUUCUUAAAUUAGUUACUCAUGAUCAUCUGGUGUCAUUUAAUAUUAAUUAACAUUUACCCACAGCCAUCUGCUCUGGCUGGAGUUCUGUGUUCAUCCAUUUCAGCUGUGUGUUUCAGUGACAGGAUGCUGGCCUUGCUAUCCGGAUGUGCCAGCUGGACUUGCCAGCAAGACCAGUUCAGAAGUCAGGAGGGGACUUCAGCUUCCUUUGCCUUCCACUGAUGAACUUUUUGCUCACCCUGGCAAUUGAAGUGAAGCCAGAGCAUUUUUCUCAGGAGAUACAAAGGGCUGGGUGUUGUUUUUGCUUUCUGGGGGAAGACUGCAAGAUUGUUUUAAUCAUUAAGGGGUUGUUUGGGGAGCAGAGUCCAUGGAUUGGCCCUUCUACUUUGAUAAGAUGCCAGUUCAUUAGACCCAGAACUGACACAACUAAGAUAAAGACCCAUAAUCAGUUUUUAAAAAGACCGACAUCAGUAAACUUGAAGGCUUCUUUUCUUUGCAUCAAGAAGUUAAUUUUUAAAUCCCCAAGAGGAGGAACAAAGGAUCAGAGGGAUGGCCCUAGGUUCUCUUCUUCAGCUGUGGCUAGCAGAACUUGGCCGUCCGUCUUUUGGGGACUAGUCUUGGGGGUGGGCAUUAGUAGGGAACAACAUGAGUCCAACAGGGUUGGGUGGCUUAGUGAGGCUUUCCAUGCCCCACCUACCAUCCCACCUGUCACAGGACAAGGACAGAACUUCAUCUUGUUUUUGUUUUUUUUAGAGAGGCAAGAAGAGGAGAGGCAGAGGGUGAGGGAGACAGAGAAUCUUAAGCAGGCUCCAUGCCCAGUGCAGAGCCCUGUGUGGGGUUCAAUCUCACAACUCUGAGAUCGUGAGCAGAAAUCAAGAGUCAGACGCUUUACUGAGUGAACCACCCAGGCACCCCAUGACUUCAUCUUAUCUAACGAAACUGGCCAAAUGGGCGCCUGGGUUGUUGGGCUGUGUUCUGCCUUGUGUCAUCAAACAGCUCUAGCCUUUCCUCAAACUGAAAACAGCCUGGAAAUCUGAAUAUUUCCAAAAUACCCUCACUGAGGAAAACAAGAGGAAACAGGAGCUGACUGCAGAAGAACUUUGACUUUGAUCCUUGUCUAUUUUAUGCACAUUGGAAGGAAGGAAUAAGUGAUACCACCUAGUGUUCAGUCAAAGGUAUGACAGGGGUUGUGGGGACACUUUGGGGAACAUGUAAACGUGCAUGCCAUUGCUUGAUGACCCAUUUUAUACAGUUUUCUCUGUAGACUUGUGUUACUUUUGGGAUUACAAAAGAUUUAAGUAAACAUUGUAGUAAGUUCGGAAAUGACAAAAUCUCUUAAAGGUUCCUAUGUAUUUUUUGCAUUGUGGUCUAUCCUGAAUAUACUAUUGACUUUCAAAACUUUGGAGGUAUUUGUGGAUUCUGCUGUUAACCGUUGAUCAGAAGUACUGUCGUUUAGCUCAUGGCUGUGUGAAUGUCUGUUCAUUGUCCUAAGCUCCUUUCACAGAGGGACAGAUGGCUGUACCCGAGGGUCCGUGGAGAUGCUCAGGUUCCAUGGUCCAGCUUCUGCUUCCCUUCAGCAGCACCUUUUACGUGGCUGGCAUCAAAACUAACAUGCUAUAAUUGGAUUUUAUAAUUUUGUAAUUGGGUCUUACCAUUUCCUGUGAAGUUCAAAAAUAAUUUUUGUCACCUUCUGCCUUGUCAGAGUGUUUUUACAUUUACAUUUCAUCACAGCCUCUGACUUGCGAAGCUGACCUGUUCUGUGUGACAACUCAGGAGGCCUGGACAGAUGGAGGAGGAAGUGUUCUCAGGGGCUUCCCUUCUUUCUUCCUUAGCCUGUCUUCUCUGGGCCGCCAUCUUGCACUCAAGCUGAUGUGCUUGUGCUCUAGCCUUGAAUUCUGAUCACCACUUGGUGCUGCUUUGGAAAACAACCUGGCAGUUCCUCAAAAAAUUAAACCUAGAGGUACCAUAAGACCGAGUGUUUCCAUGACUAGAUAUAUCCUUGAGAGCUGAAAAGUCUCCGUAUGAGUCUAUACAGAGACUUGCACAUGAAUAUUCAUAGCAGCGUUAUUCAUAAUGGCCUAAGAGUGGAAACCAUCUCACUGUCCAUCAACUAGUGAAUGGGUAACAAAAUGAGGUAUUUCCCCACAACGGAGGUUAUUAGGCAAUAAGGAAUGAAGUACAGAUACGUGCCACAGCAUGGAUGAACCACGAAAACAUGCUAGGUGACAGAGGCCAGUCACAAAAGACCACAUGCCAUAUGAUUCCAUUUACAUGAAAGUCCAGACUAGCGAGGUCUGUGGUGACAGAAAGAUUAGCGGUUGCCAUGGGACGGGGAGGGAGAGCGGGAAGUGACUGCUAAUGGAUGUGGAGUUCCUCUCUGGCGAGAUGAACACGUUCUGGAAGCAGUGGUGAUGGUUGUACAACCUUGUGAAUAGACUAAAUAGCAGUGAACUGUACUCGUUAAAGGGAUGAGUUUUGUAGUAUGCAAAUUAUAUCUUAAUAAAAACCCAGAACUGAUCUUGC